GGCAUUCUACUAUAGUGCUAAUAUAUUUCUCUCGUCGACUCGCCUCUCUCUUCCCGUUAAAAACCCGGCAUGCGCGAGCGAACGAUUUAUAGUCUAAACCUCUAUCUCUCUCUCUCUCUGCUCACCUCGUCCAGUCUAUCUAUCGCCACAGCGUUGUCUCUUCAAAUACCCGCCAAAAAGGGUUUCUGCUUCUCUCCUCGCUCAUCUAUGGCUUCGGAUCUCUCUCCUGUGCAGGUUUGUACUUCGAUUCAGGCUAUUCCGAGGCAUAAUUUGACGGUGAGCGACGGUCCCCUGCGAUUCUCUGGCUUUGGAGUGUGUGAUUCUUCUCCGAAGACGCGUACGGACGGGAUUGUUCUUCUUGUGAAGCAGUGGAGUUCGUUCGGUGAAUGAGGGCUUGAAGAAUCUUUAGGAUGGAUCCGGCAGGUUUGGAGGCCGUGGUUCCGCCAGUGGUUAAUUCGGAGAAGUCGUUGGCUUCCGUUGGGGAUAAGAGACCCGUGGAGAAUGAAGUUGAUAUUGAUAAUGGUGGGCGGUUGCAUAAGAAGGCCAAAGGAGAUUUUGGUAUGGAUAUGAAGAAGGUCGCGGAGAUUGUUCUGGUUUUGUCGGAGAUGGGAAAGAUGCGUGGGGGGAGGAAUCCUACAGAUGUGGAGGAAAGGCUCAUGGCGGAAGCUCGUCAGAAAUUGGCCGAAAUUUGUGAAGCGCUGGCUCCGAAGGAUAUCCUUCCGAGGGAUGCUGUUAAGGCUGUUAUUGAGGAUCUUGGACUUAACAAUAGGUCGAAAGAUCAGAGGUUAGGGUUUCGUCCUCCAAAGAUGUCUAUUGCCGAGAGGUUGUUGCUCACAAAGAGAAAGAUGGAAGAAUCCAAGGGAUUUGCUGGACAAUCUAGAACAUAUUCGUCUCAAUUGUCACAAGUAGGCUUCGGUGCAACUGUUGAAAGUCGUGCUCCAUUGUUACCAGCUGCUCAUAUGUUUCCACCAGAAAAACCAGUGUCUGUUGGAGUAUUUCAACCUGCUCCACCCAUGGUUCAUGUUUCUGCAUUGACUUCGACAUCCUCGAUGAAUCAGUUGUCUGUUAAUGAAGUGCAGCCAGUUGUGGUGCCCAGGGCACUGUCUAGCAGCUCACUAGAAAAGGAUUCUUCUUCUUUAACAUUGCCUCGAACAGAAGCAGUACAUUUCAGAUUGGAUGGAAGAUUAAAUGGGCCAGCUUUUGCAUCCCAAGUUCGAGAAAAUACUUCUGGCGAUCUCCAGUUGGAGAAAGCUCUCAGACUUGGUCAAACAAACAAGGUGUCAGAUCAUACACCUAUUAAGACUGAGGCUUCUUCUAACAUUAGUAGCUCUCAAGUAGCCCUUCAAGCUGCAAAAGAUCAGAGCUCUAAACCCUCUGUAAUUCAAACUGCAUCCGGUAGCCUGCCAAGUGUACAACAACCUUCACAGGGCAUCAACUUUAUUCAAAACCCCUCACCUUUCAAUAAUCACAGUGACGUUGCAAGGAAUGUUCAGAAGUUUUUGCAACCAAGGCUUCCUGAGCAUCCUAAUUGGACACCCCCUUCAAUUGAGUACAUGAAUAAGGCCUUAACUUGUCAAAUAUGUAAGGCUACCAUUAGUGAUGUGGAAAGUUUACUUGUUUGUGAUGCUUGUGAGAAGGGAGUCCACUUAAAAUGUCUUCAAUCAUACAAUCAAAAAGGCAUUCCUAAAGGGGAGUGGCACUGCCCUAAGUGCAUAAUAUCAAGCAAUGGGAAGCCAUUGCCCCCUAAAUACGGUCGUGUUACGAGAAAUAUCACUGCACCUAAGGUAUCUUCAAACACCAAUGGAGGUCUAAUUUCUGCAGUGAAGAAGGUUGAAAAUUCAGAUCAAAAGGUUAAUCAUCAGAAAGCCAUUGCUAAUGGAAAUCCUGGUGGUAUAGGAAGCAACCAUAUUGAGUCAUCCCAUGGACUAAAGAUCUCAAGUGUAAUAGAUGCACAUGGAUCUGAUUUCACCAUAAGCAGAGUAGGCCCAGAAAAGUCAAGGGAAACUGCAGGGUUAGUUUGUGCACCUCUUUCUGGCAUGGUUAACGACAGUUCUGAGCCACCCAUUCAAAGUGGUGGAUCAUCUUCAUGUGACACUGGGAGACUGAACUCUGAUUUUACGUCACUGCCAAGGUUUGAUCGAGGACACCACUGUCAAGCCUCAUGUAACUCAUUAGGUUAUGACAAGAAAGGGCCAUUACACCAUGAAGCUUCUGGAAAUCAAGAUAUUGUUAACAGUUCCACCUCUAAGGAGCUUGGGAAAUCUGAUUUAAGAGAGACUUCUGAAUGUAAGUCAGGUUGUGAGAUCAGGCAAGAGAACCAAGAUCUUCCGCAGGCAGCUUCUGCUGAGGCUUUAGAUUCUGGGAAUGGAGCUAGAGAUUGCAAUAGGUCUUCAUUAGAUGAUUUGCAUGGUGUAGAUUGGGUUGGUGAUAUAGUUCGCAUAGUAGAUGAGAAGUCAUUUUAUCAGUCUUGUCGUGUUAAUGGAGCAGUAUACAAGCUGCAAGACCAUGCCCUUUUUUGUUCUGGUAAUGACAAUCUGAGACCUUCGAAGCUUCAGGCCUUGUGGGAGGAUAACAAAACAAGGUCAAAGUGGGCUAUUGUGAAUAGGUGUUACUUGCCUAGUGACUUGCCUGAGGUAGUUGGCCGGCCAUGUACUCCUGAAAAUAAUGAGGUAUAUGAAUCUAAUCAUAGUGGCACUGUAAUGGCUGGCUUAAUUCAGGGGCCAUGUCAAGUUCUUCCUCCAAACAAGUUUAAAGAAGAAAGUGAAAGAAGAAGCCAUUUACUUCAUGGGGAAAGUGAUGGGUUACAACCUGUUUUCCUUUGCAAAUGGUUUUAUGAUGAACCGAAAGGCCUUUUCCGAGCUGUUACUGAUUAGGUCAAGUCAUUGAUUUUGGAGCACUAGA